CAUGCAAUCCGAUCACGAAUUGAUAAAAGCUCUCCAGAAUGAUAAUAUACGCAGUGUUGACAAUUUUUUCCUAUCAAUGUCAAAGAUAAAAAUUACUGGCCCUACUUUGUUAGCUGCAGUAGUUCAUAAUAAUUAUGAAAAUUCAAUUCGUACUUUGAGAAAUAUGGUUCGCCACAAAGUUGAUAUAAACUAUCAAGAUGAACAAGGCAAAAGUGCACUAAUGUUUGCCGUCGAAACGGGAAGAAUUGAAACUAUACGCUUACUAGCUAAAUAUGAAAAUUGCAAUCCUAAUAUUGAAUGUAAAGAUGGUACCAGAGCAAUACAUAUAGCUGUAAAGAAGGACGAUGAUAGAAUCCUCAGCCUACUUAUAAAUACUAAUUUUUAUCCUUACUUAUUGGAAGUAAACUGUCCCGAUAAGAGAGGAAAAACGCCACUAAAUUUGGCAUCUGAAAGAGAUCAUUCGAAAUGUGCUGUAAUAUUAUGGAACGAAGGUCUCGCCGAUACCUCCGUACUCUGCCGUGAGUUUCCUCGGAAAUGUUCAAUUCAAUCAAUUACGUUAGAUGGAUUGCAAACAGUCGAUCCAGAAUCUAAAAAAUCUACAAUUGACAAUUGUCUACUAUCUCCUAGAUCUAUUCACCGCAAUCCACCAACUGAGAAGAAAUCCAAAAAGUUGAAUAGAAGUAAUACAGAAAAUCAUACUGUCUAUUUAAGUAAAAAAAUCUUAAAUCGAGUCAAGUCUGUAACACCUAAAUUGGAGAAAAAAGAAACUUUAUACACUCGAAUAUCUGUCGACGAUUAA